AUGAUGCUACUACCUGAUCAAGCUCUUGAAUCCAUCGACAACCAUAUCCACCAAGCUCGUGUGCUUGCUAAAACGUCCACUGAAGACAUCUAUCACCAAGAGAUUGAUGCAGCAUUGACAUUACUCGAGCAACUAGUACAACAAUCCUAUGACUGUUACACCACCAUUGAAUUAUCGGAUGGGCAAGAAAUGCACGAUGAGGCCGAAGAUAAUGAGACUCGAGUGACCCAGGAUCAUCUUCGACAAGCCAAUAGGAUUGCUAGUGCAUUUUUGGUCAAGAUUGUGUCUGGUGAAAUGGGAUGGGAUGAUGAACAAGUUGAACGAGCUGCUCGUUUGUUGGCUCAUUUGUCUGGACGAGGAGCUGCAGGUGCCAUCACACGCACAUGGCAUAUUGCAUACCUGGAUCCCAAUGGUGUACGAGAUGAAAUUGCCAUUCAGUUGCAUGAACCAAGCUACGUUGGAAAUGAUAUCGGAUUUAAAACGUGGGGUGCAGCACCGCUCUUAGCAAAGAGAUUGGUGCAGCAACAACUCAUCCCUGAUUUGGCGAAUCGCCGAGUCCUUGAACUUGGUACGGGUACUGGCUUGGUUGGAUUGGUGUGUGGCAAACUUGGUGUGGAUGAUUUGACGUUGACGGACUAUCAUCCUUCGGUGCUCACAAAUGUGGCCAAGAAUGUCGAAUUGAAUGGAUCAGGCGCUUCAGUAGCAGCUCUGGAUUUUAUCAAGGUGUCACGUGGUGAAGAUAAUCAAUGGGAUGGAAAGCGAUUCGAUAUCGUCAUUGCAAGCGAUUUGCUUUACGAGAUGGAGCAUGCUGAGCAUUUACCCGUGGCUAUCGACAAGCUGAUGGAAAAUGAGUUUCAUUUCAUGAUACCAUUGCGUCCCACACAUACUGAAGAGGUAGCCCUCUUUGAGAGCAAAAUGGUGUCGCUGGGAUUUGUCACUCAAUGCACCGAUGAGACUGAAAAGUUAGAGGAUGAAGGUCGUGUACGAUAUCGAUACUACCAUUAUACCAGGGCUUAA